UAUAAAAACCCUGUUGGCCGUAUAGACACUUUAAUCUUCGAUAUGCUCAUAACUCAGCCAUUUCAGCAUUGUUGUCAUGUAUAGCUCAACAUGUAGAAUUUUGCCAAAGCGUAAGCCAAACAGAAUAAUUAUUAUACUUGCCAACAUCAACAAAGCAUAUUGUUUAAAGAAAACUAUGUUCUGACUUCCUCAAUUUGUAUCUUCUCUAGUUCUCGCACACUCAAACAAACAGAUCAUUUGUUUGUUCUUGAUAUUACUCAGCACACUGAAAAUAAACCUAUUCUACUGAGGCUUCGUUGCAUUUCAAACCACAGCAAAAUUUUCUUGGACACAAUUUGUGAUCCUAAGUUGGUAGAAAUUUCAUCUGAUCUGGUAAGACUGAUUUAACCUCAUGAAAAUUUACACAAAUAGUUUUAAUAUUUCUAACAUAUAAUUUAUUUCAACCUAUAGUGACAAAGAAACUGUUCUUAACUGAACAGUGAAAAAUCAAAGCAACUGGUCAAAGGGUUCUCAGAAAGGUUGCACAUUAAUCAGUCAUAAAUUUCUGAACUUUAAUGGCAUAAUAUGUCAGGGGGACCCUAAAAGACAAAAGGGCGGAAUGGCAGAAAAUGACCCCAAAUCCUAAAACAUGGAAUGGUGGAAAAUGACCCCAAAUCCUAAAACACAGAACGGCAGAAAAUGACCUCAGUUAUCAUAUGGCAUCAGGUUUGGGCAUUUUUCCCCUAUACAAAUGACAGUCUGGUCACUGUUUGCAUAUCCAUCGAUGACACCACCAGGGAGAAUUGAUGCCUUCAAGUUAUCCCAGGAUCACACAAAGGCCCCCUAAACUCUCACUUCUAAGAUGGUGCAUUUAUAUCUGCAAUAACAGACCCUGCAUUUCACUCUAGUUCUGCAGUUCCUGUUGAAGUUCAUGCGGGUGGGGUGUCUUUUCAUCAUGCUUUCUCAGUCCAUGGCUCUUCAGCUAACAUGUCAAAACAUUAUCGCCGUUUGCUUUGUUUUAACUACAGCUCAGCAGACAGUUGGCCUCUUAUUGGUGUUGGAGGGCAUGGCCCUGUAGAUUGGGAAAGAUACUGUUCCACUUUGGUUAAAGGCAAACCAAGUUUAUUUCCUUGUAUGCAAGCACUGCCUGUCUCUAUUCCAAUUCCAUUUGAUUCUGGUUAUAGCAUUUAUGAACACAGUAAAUCUAGUGAUGUAAGUGAUCCUGAAAAUUCAGAAGCAUGGAUUUCAAGUGGAGGAGUGACCCAGUGUGAAAGAGGGUGAAAUCUAAAAUCAAGCAAUGG